CAUAGUAAGUCACGAGCUGUGUUCAUGUGACCCUGUCACGUGAUUUCCGCCGAGUGCAGGAGAACGUUCAAGCACCGGCCGUGUUCAGUGACUCAGGGAACUUCGUCCGCUCAGUUGAUCGACCACCAGUCUGCAGACACCAUGUGGCGUGCAGUCAUCCCGUUUCUGGCUGCCAUCCUGUCAGUCGGUCUGGCCAGACCCCCCCUUAAAACACUUUCCAAUGAGAUGGUGAACCACAUCAAUAAAGUCAACUCCACAUGGAAGGCUGGUCUCAACUUCCAGAAUGUUGACUACAGUUACCUGAGGAGACUGUGUGGUACCAUGCUGAAAGGCCCCAAACUACCAGUAAAGCUCCAGUUCACUGCAGAUGUCCAGCUGCCUGUAGACUUUGAUGCCAGGGUCCAGUGGCCUCAGUGUCCCACACUGAAGGAAGUCAGAGACCAGGGCUCCUGUGGAUCCUGUUGGGCGUUCGGUGCUGCAGAGGCCAUCUCUGAUCGGCUUUGUAUCCAUAGCAACGGCCUGAUGAAUGUUGAGAUUUCUGCUGAGGACCUUCUGUCCUGCUGUGACUCCUGUGGUAUGGGGUGCAAUGGAGGUUAUCCUUCUGCUGCGUGGGAGUUCUGGACCACAGACGGUCUGGUCUCUGGAGGUCUCUAUGACUCCCACAUCGGCUGCCGCCCUUACUCUAUUGCCCCCUGUGAGCACCAUGUGAACGGCAGCAGACCUCCCUGCACUGGAGAGGGGGGUGACACACCUCAGUGUACGAAAAAGUGUGAGGCUGGAUACACACCCGGAUACACCCAGGAUAAACAUUAUGGUAAACUGUCCUACAGCGUGGACGACAGUGAGAAGGAAAUCCAGCUGGAGAUUUAUAAAAACGGCCCAGUAGAGGGAGCCUUUACUGUCUAUGAAGAUUUCCUGCUGUAUAAGACAGGUGUUUAUCAGCAUGUGACCGGAUCUGCCGUGGGGGGGCAUGCCAUCAAAGUACUGGGAUGGGGAGAGGAGAACGGCACCCCCUACUGGCUCUGUGCUAACUCCUGGAACACUGACUGGGGCGACAAUGGAUUCUUUAAAAUCCUGCGUGGAUCAGAUCACUGUGGGAUUGAGUCUGAGAUUGUGGCGGGCAUUCCAAAAGGCCCUUAAAAAUGUAAAAGGUUUUUCAUUACAGUGGUAUUUCAGUCAGCAGAGGGAGCCAUAUUCACAUUAAGGAUUUCAUCUGAGAGAACUUUGCCCAUGUGCUGAAAGGUUAAUUCUAAAGAGGGAAACUGGAAAACGAAUUUCUAUACAAAUGUAUCAGUAGAUCAUUGAUUAUUUUCGAGUUGGUUUUAAUUUCAGUUCAUAGUAAUCAGAACAACACAGUUACAUAAAUUGUUGUAUUUGGUUUUAAACCCAUUUUUAAUACGUAAAUGCAACCAGAUCCUGUUUGCUUGUUUUAUUCCUGGCUUCAUUCAGUUGUUUUUUUUAUUUCCACCACGAUUAUUAGUGGACAAACACAGCGUAAGUGCCUAAUUAUGUAUUAAAUAAUUUUGUUCCUUUGCUUUAGGAAGUGUUAAAUCAUGUGUUUGUAUGCCUGUGCACACCAGAACAUCACUAUUGAAUAAAGUCACUUUGGGUCGAUGCGAAAACGAAAAA